UGUUACAGAACUGUAAAAAGAAAACCAACAUUUAAACAGAAAGAAAAAUAAAAUAAACUAAAAAAAACAACCGAGAGAUUUGGUCUGUCUGUUGCAACUUGAAACAAUGUUUGAACAUUCAACCAUCUAAUCUAAUGCAAUCCCACAUGUAAUUAGAAAACUCCUGUCUUCCUCCUCCUUUUUUAUUUUUUUUUUGGUUCUUUUUAGGGGUUUUAAACAAAGACAUACAGAGCACGAGAAUCCACACGACAAAAGCUUGCAAAUUAUGCAGGUUGAGAGAAGAUAUCAAUGCAAAGAAGUGCUACUCUUAGCUUAUCAGAGUUUUGGUGUACUCUUUGGUGACCUGAACAUUUCACCACUUUAUGUGUUUAAAAGUACAUUCUCUGGGAAGUUGAGCAAUUACCAAUCUGAAGAUGUUAUAUUUGGGGCGUUAUGCUUGAUUUUUUGGACUUUCACACUUCUUUCCUUGUUCAAACAUGUCAUUAUUUUGUUCAAUGCGGAUGAUAAUGGUGAAGGAGGAAUUUUUGCUUUAUACUCGCUCCUUUGUAGGCAUGCAAAGUUUUCUUUGCUUCCCAAUCAUCAAGCAGCAGAUGAAGAGCUUUCUACAUAUCACGGUCCACGCUACUCAUACAGAAAUCUGCAGUCAUCAUCAGUCAAAAAGUUUGCCGAGAGGCAUAAAAAGUUGAAAACUGCUUUGCUUCUUCUGGUUUUGUUUGGUACUUGCCUGGUUAUUUGUGUUGGCUUCCUCACACCAGCAAUGUCCAUUCGUUCAUCCAUUGAAGGGCUGAAGGUUCAAUCAAACAAUGUGCAUUAUGGUGUGGUGGUUGUCUUAGACUGCAUUUUGUUGGUUGGCCUGUUUGUUUUGCAGCACCGUGGCACCUAUAGGGUGGCCUUCCUGUUUGCCCCUCUAGUGAUUUUGUGGUCAUUGUCCAUUGCGGCUAUUGGUCUCUACAAUAUCAUUAAGUGGAAUCCAAAAGUUUACAAGGCCCUUUCUCCAUAUUAUAUCUACACAUUCUUUAGGGAUACCGGAUGUGAUGGUUGGAUUUCUCUUGGAGGAGUACUUUUGUGUAUCACUGGAACUGAAGCUAUGUUUGCAGACCUUGGCCAAUACACGGCUUCAUCAAUAAGGCUAUCCUUUUUUUGCGUAAUUUACCCAUGUCUAGUGCUUCAAUACAUGGGGCAGGCUGCUUUUCUUUCAAAGAAUUUUGCUGCUGUAUCCACAAGCUUCUAUGCGUCCAUUCCAGAUUCCUUGUUUUGGCCAGUUCUUGUGAUGGCAACUUUGGCUGCAAUCGUUGCUAGCCAGUCUAUAAUCUCUUCCACAUUCUCUAUCGUGAAACAAUGCUAUGCCAUAGGAUGUUUCCCUCGUGUCAAAAUUGUACAUAAAUCAAAAUGGUUCCGUGGUCAGAUAUACAUUCCAGAGAUCAAUUGGGUCCUUCUGAUUCUCAGUCUGGCAGUCAUGAUUGGUUUUAGAGACGUAAAUCAUUUGGGAAAUGCUUAUGGACUUGCCUGCAUGACUGCAACAUUUGUGACAACAUUGUUGACAGCAUUGGUCAUUAAUUUUGUAUGGCAUCAGAGUCUUGUACUUGCCCUUCUAUAUGUCCUCUUUUUCGGGUCAAUUGAGAUCAUCUUCCUCUCGUCAGCUUUUAUAAAAAUCCCUAAAGGUGGAUGGGUUCCUCUCAUGCUCUCUGUGAUCUUCAUGCUUGUCAUGUAUGUGUGGCAUUAUGGUUCUAGGAAGAAGUAUUUAUAUGAUUUGCACAACAAAGUAUCAAUGAAAUGGAUCCUCACGCUGGGUCCUAGUCUUGGAAUUGUUAGAGUCCCAGGGAUGGGCCUUAUUUUCACUGAGUUGGUUAGUGGGGUUCCAGCCACAUUUACCCAUUUUUUAACCAAUCUACCGGCUUUUUAUCAAGUGGUUGUCUUUGUCUGUGAGAAGACUGUUCCUGUACCAUAUGUCCCUCAGAAAGAACGGUAUCUCAUAGGCCGUAUCGGUCCCAAAUCUUUCCGAAUGUACCGCUGCAUUGUUAGAAAUGGUUACAAAGAUGUUCAAAAAAAUGAAAAUGGUUUCGAGAAUGACCUUGUCAUGAGCAUAGCAGAGUUUAUCCAACUAGAAGCCGAAGGUUGUGGAACUGUUGAUGGAUCUGUGGAUGGUCGAUUGGCUGUUGUUAGGACAUCUGACAAGUUUGGCAAAAGGUUGGAAAUGUCAGAACCUGAGGGAUAUGGAGAAGGUAGCAGUUCAAUGCCCCCUGCCAUUUUGAAUAGCAGCAAGUCACACACAUUGCAGUACUUGCAAUCCACGUAUGAGUUGGAAUCACCCCGGUUCAGCCUAAGGCGGCGUGUUCAAUUUAAGUUGCAAGAUAUGAAAUAUAAGGAUCCAAAUGUGAAGCAAGAGCUGUUGGAGCUAGUGGAAGCUAAGCAUUCUGGGGUUGCAUAUGUAAUAGGUCACUCUCAUAUAAAGGCAAAAUGGAAUGCCUCAUACUUGAAGAGUUUUGUGAUCCAAGUGGUAUAUUCUUUCUUACGUAAAAACUGCAGGGCUCCAGCUGUUGUCCUGAACAUUCCUCAUACUUGUUUGAUUGAGGUUGGUAUGAACUACUAUUUGUAGAACAACAUUUUGCCCCACAUCUUCAAGGAUGCAUCAAGAUUUUGUUCUUCCAAGAUUUUCUUUUUCCUUUUUUUUUUUCCUGCUAUUGUUAAAGUGAUAAGUUCUGGAUUGAGUUACUGAUGCUAGCUGAGAUGCACUUUUGAACAAUGGGUUAUUGAGUUUAUCUUUACUUUGGUGUUAGCAGAAGAGCUACAAAUUGGUUAUCAGUCCUUAUUUAUAUAACAUUGGGAAUUUCACAAAUGUUUUUGCGCCCUUAGGAUUCAUUUAAAGGGAGGAAUUCUCCUUUCGUCACAAGUACGAUUUAUAAUGAAUCAAGGACCGGUUAUAAAACUUUGCUUCUUCACGUGCCUGUAGUUGAUGAUGAUUUUCUAUUGAUGAUUUCGAUUGUAGUCUCAUUCCAAGUUUUGGUUGAACCUACACUGAAACUUUAAAAGAAGAGAGAAAAUUAUUUCAAGCCUGCUGUCAAUGUCACUUUUUGUGAGGUUUAUAUUAUUCUUAUCAGUUAUAGUAUGAGAAACAAUAUGCUGUAAAUGUCCCAAAAAUAUAAUAAAAUCUUGUUUAAUGUCGCUUUGCAUUUGGGAUAUUAAACCACUAAACAUCAUCCCUUGACCGAGAGACAAAAAAUCUAACUUUAAACCUUAAUUUCUGCAAAAAUAAUGUUAAAGUAAUUAGCCUUUAUUUGUGAAAUAACAAGAGAAAAGAAAUAGAGCUGCUUAAUUAU